AUGCCUCUAUUUGGAAAAAAGGAUUUUGGUAGAAAGUCAAAAAAGGAUGCGAAAGAAUCAGAUAAGCAGCCAUCCAUUGAGGACAAGUAUGUUGUAAAAGACCUUUUAGGAACAGGCGCCUUUUCCGAAGUACGAUUGAUAGAGAGUAAGGAAAAUGGACAGCUGUUUGCAUGCAAAAUUAUAGACAAAAAAGCUUUAAAGGGUAAAGAGGAUUCCUUAGAGAAUGAGAUCAGAGUUCUCAAAAGAUUUAGCGAGAACGCAAAGGCAGAUGGUGGAGAGAAGAAAAUGUUUUCACACCCUAAUAUCGUACAGCUGCUUGAAACAUAUGAAGACAAAAAUAAAGUUUAUCUAGUAAUGGAACUCGUUACUGGUGGUGAAUUGUUUGACAGAAUCGUUGAAAAGGGUUCAUAUACUGAAAAAGAUGCGUCAAAUCUUAUCAGACAAGUUUUAGAAGCAGUGGAUUACAUGCAUUCUCAGGGAGUAGUCCAUAGAGAUUUAAAACCUGAAAAUUUACUAUACUACAGUUCUGAUGAAGAUAGUAAGAUUAUGAUUAGUGAUUUUGGUCUAUCGAAAAUAGAAGAUUCAGGCAUAAUGGCAACAGCUUGUGGAACACCCGGUUAUGUGGCUCCAGAAGUAUUAGCUCAAAAACCAUAUGGCAAAGCAGUUGAUGUAUGGAGCAUAGGUGUAAUAUCCUACAUAUUGCUCUGUGGAUAUCCACCUUUUUAUGAUGAGCAGGAUUCAAACUUAUUUGCACAGAUUCUCAAGGGUGAUUUUGAGUUUGAUUCACCCUACUGGGAUGAUAUAAGUGAGUCUGCAAAGGACUUUAUCCGACAUCUUAUGUGUGUGGAUGUUGAAAAAAGAUACACUUGCAAACAAGCUCUGGCCCAUCCAUGGAUAUGUGGUAAUGAAGCCAGCAGCAAGAACAUCCAUGGUACUGUGUCAGAGCAACUCAAGAAGAACUUCGCUAAAUCCCGUUGGAAACAAGCAUACCAUGCGACAACUGUUAUCCGUCAAAUGCAGAAACUUAUGAUACUUAAUAGCAGUAGCUCAAGUCGCAACACAAAUGCCCCAACUAAGUCUCAAAAUCAACAGCAGUAA